CCUCACGAGUACGUCAAUCUAGAAGAAGCUCCCAGCCCCACCUCUGAAAUUUAUAAUCAUAAAAAAAUAAUAAUAACACACGUGGUUUCCGCCAUUGAAAUUUCACGGAGGCAAUCACGAUUUCCAGCUCCGGAGCUUUUUAAACUGGACCUUAUCCUCCUUUAUAAAUCCCUCCCGCAAACCAAUCUACUUCCACAAUCAAACUCCGGCGAGCCGAACGGAAUUCUAUGCUUAGGUCCAGAGAUAAAAAUCCUGGAGAAAAUGUUCGGCAGCCUUGAGCUUGAACCCAUCAGGCAUCACCUCCUCGAUGUAAAAGAGCUUCCAUCCUCCGCGGCAAUAUCCCCGCCACCGCCGAUGUACCGCCGGAGCUUGAGCUUCGGAAGUAUAGUUGCUGAUCAUUGGAGCGACCUCCCCUUCCAUGUCGACGACUCCGACGACAUGGUCGUCUAUCUUACUCUCCACGACGCUUUUAACCACGGCUGGCUUCCCGACGGCUGCAAAACCACCUCCAUCAAGCCAGAUCCGCCGUCACCGCCGCCCCCAGCACCAGCAAAUUUUUCGUCGAAAAGAAAGCACUACCGCGGUGUGAGGCAGCGGCCGUGGGGAAAGUUCGCUGCGGAGAUUAGGGAUCCGGCAAAGAAUGGGGCUAGAGUUUGGCUGGGGACCUUCGAGACGGCUGAGCAGGCUGCAGUCGCAUACGAUCGCGCCGCAUAUAGGAUGCGCGGAUCUCGCGCGCUCCUCAAUUUCCCCCUUCGAAUCUGCCCCGAUGGGGUCUCGUCGCUGGCGAAACGAGCCUCACCGGAGCUCUCUGCUUCCUUGUCUUCAACUCCAAUUUCGCAAUCGAAAGUGUCGCCUAAGAGGACGAAGAGAGUUGAGGCGUCGGAGGGCAGAUCUCCGAGUUUACCGGCGGCGCUUUCUUCUUUUCCGUCGACGGUUCCGGCUCUGGUUCAGCUUCAGUUGCCGGCUCAGGCUUUGGCCCGGUGACAGCCCCGUGGGAUUCCCGGGAUUGAUGGUCGCUCAACUGACUCGUGUCGGGUAUUUUGGUUAGUUAAACCGGUGAUUGAAGUGCCACUUAAAAUGCGGAAGUAGCACAGAAUGGAAAUUAGGGGGAGGCGGCAAAUUGUAACUAUAAAAUGAACAAAUUGCAGAAGUGGGAGAAAUUAUUAUGUAGAAUUUUGUUCGAAGGUCAAUCAGAUUGUAUCACAUCAAUGGUAGUCGAGAUACAGAGCAGUACCAAGCUACAAUAUCAAACUAAGGGAUGACGUGACAUAUUCUGGUUGAUCUCCGAAUGAUAUUCGGUGUCCGCACAGAAUAAUUAAUCCAGAAGUGGAGGAGGUGUCUUUAUGAAAAAAAAAACAAAAAGGAAUUGGAGUAAUCUUUUUUCAAUCUUUUCGGGAUAUUUGGAGGGGUUGGCUGAUGUGGAGCUUGCUAGACUGGGGUUUUGUGUGGCUUUGGCAUUGUAUACAGACAUUUGAAGAUCUUUGUUUUAUUCUUUAAUGAAGGAUCCAACUCAUCAAUGGAUUUUUAUGUACGACACAAUAGAUGGAUUACAUAGUCCAUGAGAUCUUUUAUGAUGGAUC